GCCGACGCCUCUUUGUCACGCAUAAUACACUAAUUGCGAAUGGUGAUUCAAAACAUCUAAAUACUGUAGACGAUGACACGGAGGAAAUGGACAACAAUCCUUCGUCUGCAGUAGCCUUCGAUAACCUCGACCCGGCCACGUGCAUCGGAACUUGUCCGGCGGAGGAUCCCAAGGAUGUAGUGUUACUUCCAAACGAUGAUUGCAAGAAAUUCUGUAUGUGCAGCAACGGCAUAGCCUGGGUACAGUCUUGUCCUGAACCACUCUACUUUGACACUGUGGAAAAAAUAUGCAAGCAGAAGAGAGACGCUGUUUGUGGAAUACGCAUAUUUAGCCGACGCCUCUUUGUCACGCAUAAUACACUAAUUGCGAAUGGUGAUUCAAAACAUCUAAAUACUGUAGACGAUGACACGGAGGAAAUGGACAACAAUCCUUCGUCUGCAGUAGCCUUCGAUAACCUCGACCCGGCCACGUGCAUCGGAACUUGUCCGGCGGAGGAUCCCAAGGAUGUAGUGUUACUUCCAAACGAUGAUUGCAAGAAAUUCUGUAUGUGCAGCAACGGCAUAGCCUGGGUACAGUCUUGUCCUGAACCACUCUACUUUGACACUGUGGAAAAAAUAUGCAAGCAGAAGAGAGACGCUGUUUGUGGAAUACGCAUAUUUAGCCGACGCCUCUUUGUCACGCAUAAUACACUAAUUGCGAAUGGUGAUUCAAAACAUCUAAAUACUGUAGACGAUGACACGGAGGAAAUGGACAACAAUCCUUCGUCUACAGUAGCCUUCGAUAAUCUCGACCCGGCCACUUGCAUCGGAACUUGUCCGGCGGAGGAUCCCAAGGAUGUAGUGUUACUUCCAAACGAUGAUUGCAAGAAAUUCUGUAUGUGCAGCAACGGCAUAGCCUGGGUACAGUCUUGUCCUGAACCACUCUACUUUGAUACUGUGGAAAAAAUAUGCAAGCAGAAGAGAGACGCUGUUUGUGGAGUACGCAUAUUUAGCCGACGCCUCUUUGUCACGCAUAAUACACUAAUUGCGAAUGGUGAUUCAAAACAUCUAAAUACUGUAGACGAUGACACGGAGGAAAUGGACAACAAUCCUUCGUCUGCAGUAGCCUUCGAUAACCUCGACCCGGCCACGUGCAUCGGAACUUGUCCGGCGGAGGAUCCCAAGGAUGUAGUGUUACUUCCAAACGAUGAUUGCAAGAAAUUCUGUAUGUGCAGCAACGGCAUAGCCUGGGUACAGUCUUGUCCUGAACCGCUCUACUUUGACACUGUGGAAAAAAUAUGCAAGCAGAAGAGAGACGCUGUUUGUGGAGUACGCAUAUUUAACCGACGCCUCUUUGUCACGCAUAAUACACUAAUUGCGAAUAGUGAUUCAAAACAUCUAAAUACUGUAGACGAUGACACGGAGGAAAUGGACAACAAUCCUUCGUCUGCAGUAGCCUUCGAUAACCUCGACCCGGCCACGUGCAUCGGAACUUGUCCGGCGGAGGAUCCCAAGGAUGUAGUGUUACUUCCAAACGAUGAUUGCAAGAAAUUCUGUAUGUGCAGCAACGGCAUAGCCUGGGUACAGUCUUGUCCUGAACCACUCUACUUUGACACUGUGGAAAAAAUAUGCAAGCAGAAGAGAGACGCUGUUUGUGGAAUACGCAUAUUUAGCCAACGCCUCUUUGUCACGCAUAAUACACUAAUUGCGAAUGGUGAUUCAAAACAUCUAAAUACUGUAGACGAUGACACGGAGGAAAUGGACAACAAUCCUUCGUCUGCAGUAGCCUUCGAUAACCUCGACCCGGCCACGUGCAUCGGAACUUGUCCGGCGGAGGAUCCCAAGGAUGUAGUGUUACUUCCAAACGAUGAUUGCAAGAAAUUCUGUAUGUGCAGCAACGGCAUAGCCUGGGUACAGUCUUGUCCUGAACCGCUCUACUUUGACACUGUGGAAAAAAUAUGCAAGCAGAAGAGAGACGCUGUUUGUGGAGUACGCAUAUUUAGCCGACGCCUCUUUGUCACGCAUAAUACACUAAUUGCGAAUGGUGAUUCAAACCAUCUAAAUACUGUAGACGAUGACACGGAGGAAAUGGAUAACAAUCCUUCGUCUGCAGUAGCCUUCGAUAACCUCGACCCGGCCACGUGCAUUGGAACUUGUCCGGCGGAGGAUCCCAAGGAUGUAGUGUUACUUCCAAACGAUGAUUGCAAGAAAUUCUGUAUGUGCAGCAACGGCAUAGCCUGGGUACAGUCUUGUCCUGAACCACUCUACUUUGAUACUGUGGAAAAAAUAUGCAAGCAGAAGAGAGACGCUGUUUGUGGAGUACGCAUAUUUAGCCGACGCCUCUUUGUCACGCAUAAUACACUAAUUGCGAAUGGUGAUUCAAAACAUCUAAAUACUGUAGACGAUGACACGGAGGAAAUGGACAACAAUCCUUCGUCUGCAGUAGCCUUCGAUAACCUCGACCCGGCCACGUGCAUCGGAACUUGUCCGGCGGAGGAUCCCAAGGAUGUAGUGUUACUUCCAAACGAUGAUUGCAAGAAAUUCUGUAUGUGCAGCAACGGCAUAGCCUGGGUACAGUCUUGUCCUGAACCGCUCUACUUUGACACUGUGGAAAAAAUAUGCAAGCAGAAGAGAGACGCUGUUUGUGGAGUACGCAUAUUUAGCCGACGCCUCUUUGUCACGCAUAAUACACUAAUUGCGAAUGGUGAUUCAAAACAUCUAAAUACUGUAGACGAUGACACGGAGGAAAUGGACAACAAUCCUUCGUCUGCAGUAGCCUUCGAUAACCUCGACCCGGCCACGUGCAUCGGAACUUGUCCGGCGGAGGAUCCCAAGGAUGUAGUGUUACUUCCAAACGAUGAUUGCAAGAAAUUCUGUAUGUGCAGCAACGGCAUAGCCUGGGUACAGUCUUGUCCUGAACCACUCUACUUUGACACUGUGGAAAAAAUAUGCAAGCAGAAGAGAGACGCUGUUUGUGGAAUACGCAUAUUUAGCCGACGCCUCUUUGUCACGCAUAAUACACUAAUUGCGAAUGGUGAUUCAAAACAUCUGAAUACUGUAGACGAUGACACGGAGGAAAUGGACAACAAUCCUUCGUCUACAGUAGCCUUCGAUAAUCUCGACCCGGCCACUUGCAUCGGAACUUGUCCGGCGGAGGAUCCCAAGGAUGUAGUGUUACUUCCAAACGAUGAUUGCAAGAAAUUCUGUAUGUGCAGCAACGGCAUAGCCUGGGUACAGUCUUGUCCUGAACCACUCUACUUUGAUACUGUGGAAAAAAUAUGCAAGCAGAAGAGAGACGCUGUUUGUGGAGUACGCAUAUUUAGCCGACGCCUCUUUGUCACGCAUAAUACACUAAUUGCGAAUGGUGAUUCAAACCAUCUAAAUACUGUAGACGAUGACACGGAGGAAAUGGACAACAAUCCUUCGUCUGCAGUAGCCUUCGAUAAUCUCGACCCGGCCACUUGCAUCGGAACUUGUCCGGCGGAGGAUCCCAAGGAUGUAGUGUUACUUCCAAACGAUGAUUGCAAGAAAUUCUGUAUGUGCAGCAACGGCAUAGCCUGGGUACAGUCUUGUCCUGAACCGCUCUACUUUGACACUGUGGAAAAAAUAUGCAAGCAGAAGAGAGACGCUGUUUGUGGAAUACGCAUAUUUAGCCGACGCCUCUUUGUCACGCAUAAUACACUAAUUGCGAAUGGUGAUUCAAAACAUCUAAAUACUGUAGACGAUGACACGGAGGAAAUGGACAACAAUCCUUCAUCUGCAGUAACCUUCGAUAACCUCGACCCGGCCACGUGCAUCGGAACUUGUCCGGCGGAGGAUCCCAAGGAUGUAGUGUUACUUCCAAACGAUGAUUGCAAGAAAUUCUGUAUGUGCAGCAACGGCAUAGCCUGGGUACAGUCUUGUCCUGAACCGCUCUACUUUGACACUGUGGAAAAAAUAUGCAAGCAGAAGAGAGACGCUGAAAUGGACAACAAUCCUUCGUCUGCAGUAGCCUUCGAUAACCUCGACCCGGCCACGUGCAUCGGAACUUGUCCGGCGGAGGAUCCCAAGGAUGUAGUGUUACUUCCAAACGAUGAUUGCAAGAAAUUCUCAGAAGAGAGACGCUGUUUGUGGAGUACGCAUAUUAGCCGACGCCUCUUUGUCACGCAUAAUACACUAAUUGCGAAUGGUGAUUCAAACCAUCUAAAUACUGUAGACGAUGACACGGAGGAAAUGGAUAACAAUCCUUCGUCUGCAGUAGCCUUCGAUAACCUCGACCCGGCCACGUGCAUUGGAACUUGUCCGGCGGAGGAUCCCAAGGAUGUAGUGUUACUUCCAAAUGAUGAUUGCAAGAAAUUCUGUAUGUGCAGCAACGGCAUAGCCUGGAUACAGUCUUGUCCUGAACCACUCUACUUUGACACUGUGGAAAAAAUAUGCAAGCAGAAGAAGGACGCUGUGUGUGGAGGACGCACGGUUAGGCGAAUUACAGAAAACGAUGGCAUGGAGGAAAUGCAAAGCAAUCCUUCGUCUGCAGUAGCUUUCCAUAAUCUCGACCCGUCCACGUGCAUCGGAACUUGUCCGGCGGAGGAUCCCAAGGAUGUGGUAUUACUUCCAAAUGAUGAUUGCACGAAAUUUUGCAUGUGUAGCAAUGGCGUAACCUGGGUUCAAUCAUGUCCAAAACCACUUUAUUUCGAUUCCGUAGAGAAAGUGUGCAAAUGGAAGAAGGACGCUGUUUGCGCAGUACGGCCUUUCAUCCAAAAUGUAUUCAUUCCUGAUAAACCUGUUCCGAUAUCAAUUCAAUAGAUUGCUUCUAUUUUAAUGAAAAUUAUUGAUUACUUAUACGAUAUUACUGCUAAAUGAUACUGCUAAAAGUUCUGCAUGUUUAAGAAUGGUAUAGUAUGGGUGCAAUGAUGUCUGAAACUAUUUUAUUUUGACUCUGUAGAAAAAGUUUGUAAGCGAAUGAAGGAGGUUGCACUGUAUGAUCGCUCAAGUAUGAUAGCACGUUUUCAGGAAUGAUAAAAUAGUUGAUUUAAAUGAUUCGGUGUAAUCUUUGAUCAAAAGGAGACAGUUGAUCUAUCAAUCUAUGGCAACAUUCUGUUAGCAGUUGUCUAUAUCGAUUCAUGUAAGCGUAAAAGACUUUAUCGAACUACAUUUGUGCAUUUGCGUAUAAUUUAAUUGUUAGUCGUUCCUCUAUUCAAUAUUUUAAUAUAAUUAUAUUUAUAUAAGUAUUAAUAAGAAUAGGUCUAUUUACUGACAUUAAUUUAUUUAUAAAAUAGUAAAUUACUAUAAUUCAACAGCAUUAUGAUUUCAUAAUGUAUUGAAUAAAGAUAUUUACUGUGUU